UCUUCUGACCUCAUCGAUAAGUUGAAAAAUACAAAUGACGAGUAUCAGGAAUUGCUGAGACAGUAUUCAGCAAAAUGUCCCGGCGUCUCGGCAUUUCCUUCUACAAUAAUCGGUGAUUUGCAGAAUGCUUAUAGUCAGUUCCAAAGAGAAACACCAGCCGAGAAAGAAGAAGAAGAAGAAGGACCUGUUCAAGCAAAACGGUUAAUCAAAAACCGGGCCAUGGCAAACAAAAACGCUGUAUACAGGGGGUGUAAAAAAGUGAAGACAGCCGUAGAUAUGAAUACCAAUGAUAGUCCGAUUUCCAGUGAGAUGAGCGAUUGAAAUCUUUGGGAAUAUGAUUGAGUUUGUCAUUCAAUUACACUGUUUUAUUGCUUUGCAGAAACACUGCUGUUGGUGAAUUGUUCAACAGAUUGUUGAAUUGUUUAAGUUGAAAAUGGUCAUCCUACCCUAAGGAAUGAAACAAGUAGUUCAAGAUCCCUGAGCCGCCAGAAUUACAUCGUUUCAGCGAAGCCAUUUAAAUAUAUAAUAAUAAAUAUUACAACUGUAAAAAAGUUUUA